AUGAUGAAUGAAGUCAAUCUACUGCAAAGUAAUACGCAACUGAGCUUGCUCAAUACAAUCGACGAGCUGCGAGCCAAAGGCGUCGAUCACUACAUCUCUCUGCCCCAGCUUAUAGUAUGUGGUGACCAAUCGUCGGGAAAAAGCUCUGUUCUGCAUGCGCUCUCCGGAGUCGAAUUCCCAAAGAGCGAGCAUUACUGCACUCAAUUCUCAACAGAGAUUAUUCUCCGACGAGCGGCUACCCCAGCUGCGGUAGCCGAACUUCGGCCUCGACCUUCGGCUACUAAUACAAAACUUCCAAAAUCCGGGAAAAGGAUUGGGGGAGAGAGGAGUGCCUCGUUGUCAGAUGUCCCCAAACUGAUUGAAGAAGCCAGUAAAGUGAUUGGCCAAGACAAAAAGGAGAGUAGGGCCUGCGAUUACAUCCUCACACUGCGCCUCUCUGGCCCUGAUAUGCCUUAUCUCACCCUAAUCGAUCUACCAGGCCUUAUCCAUACACAAAACCGAGGCCAAACUUACGAUGAUGUAUUGGGUAUUAAAGCCCUAGUCGAGGAGUACAUGGCUCAACCGGAGUGUAUUAUCCUGGCAAUAGUCUCGGCACAAAAUUACAAAGAGAAUCAAAUCGUUAUUCGUCUGGCUAAAGAAUAUGAUCCAACCGGCUCCCGGACUCUGGGAAUCAUUACAAAACCAGACACUUUGGAAACUGGCUCGGACAGAGAGGCAACCUACAUCGAGCUAGCCCGUAACAGAGACGUCGUUUUUCUACAUGGUUGGCAUGUUCUACGAAAUGCUAAUGCCAUAGAAAGAAAAGACGAAAGUUUCAACCGACGUGUAGUCGAGUCAACGUUUUUCAACCGAGGAAAAUGGGACUCCUUAUCAAAGCAGACCGUUGGGGUAAAAUCGUUGCAGUACCGACUAAGAGAGAUAUUGCUUAACCGCAUAAAAUUGGAAUUACCUAAAGUCACCCGGAGAGUGCAGUUAGAGAUACGACGUUGCCACAGCCGUCUCGAAAAGUUCGGGAACCCGCGAAAUUCGCCUAAGGACCAGAUGAAUUUCUUGACUGAACUGAGUGUUAAGUUCCAAGUAUUGUGUAGAGAUGCUAUUCACGGCUAUUACACGCACGAUUUCUUUUCUGAUGACCGAGAAGACUCUACUCGUCGACUCCGAGCCAUAAUUUUCAACAUGUCCGAAGAAUUCGCUAAUAAGAUGUAUGAGCGAGGCCAUACCUACGAAAUUGUGGAUGGAAAGACUGAAAUCACGCAAACGUCUCCUCAGCAAAUCCAUCGCGCUGACUACAUGAUGAAAAUUCAAGGCUACUUGCAGCAAUAUCGAGGACGUGAACUGCAGGGCAAUUUUAAUCCUGCUGUCAUCGACCAUGCGUUCAAGCAGAACUCUAGGUCAUGGGGCAGGAUUGCUCGAGAUUAUGUUCGUGAGGUGUGCGAAAUAAUGGAGACUUUUCUCGAUGACCUGCUGGACGCCAUCACUGAGCCUGAUAUGGCACAUAGACUCUCGCGUGGCCUCUUCUACCCAGCCCUGGAAAGAAAGCUCCGAUUAGUAAAUGAAAAAGUUACGGAGCUCCUAGAACCUUUUAAGACGGGGCAUCCCGCUACUUUGAACCGCCAAUUCAUUGCUAAUUUGCGAGAGCUACAGAGUAGAGAGAAGGGAAUGCCUACAGGCAAGGAACGCCAAUCGGAGACGCUGGACUACGAUGCCUGUUCUCAAAUCCUGGACUGUAUGACUGCAUACUACGGUAUUGCUCUAAAUGUCUUCAUUGAUAAUGUCGCAUCUUUAGCUGUGGAAAAUUGCUUGUUAAAGGAUCUCCCGGAAUUGUUUAGUCCUUCUAUAGUAAGUGAUUUGUCUUUGGAACAGUUGCAAGAACUAUGCCAGGAGACAGAUGCAGUACGAGAUGCUCGUCAAGAGGAAGAGGAAAAGCUCCGGGUUCUCGAAGCAGGGCUGUGGGAGUGCAAAAAGCAUGCCCGAUAUAAUGCUCUAGCAUCACAACAACCUGUCUCAGAGGCCAGUUUAAUUCAAUUUCGCUUGACUGGUGCAUCCUUAAAGUCUAAAGACCCAGUCCCUACCGCCUUAUCUUAUUCGUCGACACCUACGGGUGACGUGGAAAGCCGUCCUGCCUCAGCAAGCAAAAUAGAUGAUGGAGAUGAUUGGCAGCGAAUUCAAAGUGGAAAAUCGACUGACAAUGGAAGAGGGAGUCAGCUUCUUAUAUCUCCAUCUAUCACUUCUGUCACUUGA